CGGUAGGCUCACCUACCCUGAUCCACCUCCUUCCCUCUGCGUCCCUCUGUGCUUGUGGCCCCCAUGGCCCCCAAAAAGCCUGAUCCCAAGAAGGACGAGGCCAAGGCCGCUCCCAAAGCGGCGGCUCCAGCACCCGCACCUGCGCCCGCUCCCGCUCCAGAACCCGAGCGCCCCAAGGAGGCAGAGUUCGACGCCUCCAAGAUCAAGAUCGAGUUCACGCCAGAGCAGAUUGAAGAGUUCAAGGAAGCCUUCAUGCUGUUCGACCGCACACCCAAGGGUGAGAUGAAGAUCACAUACGGGCAGUGCGGAGACGUCCUGCGGGCACUGGGCCAGAACCCCACGCAGGCUGAAGUGCUCCGGGUCCUGGGGAAGCCGAAGCAGGAAGAGCUCAACACCAAACUGAUGGACUUCGACACGUUCCUGCCCAUGCUGCAGCACAUCGCCAAGAACAAGGACACUGGCACCUACGAGGACUUCGUGGAGGGGCUGCGGGUCUUCGACAAGGAGGGCAACGGCACGGUCAUGGGCGCGGAGCUCCGCCACGUGCUGGCCACUCUGGGCGAGAGGCUGACAGAAGACGAGGUGGAGAAACUGAUGGCGGGUCAGGAGGACUCCAACGGCUGCAUCAACUACGAAGCAUUCGUGAAGCACAUCAUGGCCAGCUGAGCCUCUCACCCCAGGGAGACCAGGGAGGCCGUGCAGGGGACAGCUCGCCUUCUGUGCACGGUGCUGACACCGGAGGCCUGGAGUUGGGGGAAGGAGGCGAGAGCAUCCGGACUCCUGCGCCAGCCCUCAGGCCUCCGCAUGGCGGUCGUCUCUGGCCCUGUGGGGCUGGGCUUACCCGGUACUGCAUCCCUGUCUCCUUCGUGAGCCUCAUGAAUAAACGGCUGGCUUCUUUU